UAGAGGCAAAUACAGAAACUAAAGAAUAAUGUUUCUCUGAUCUGAAGAAGCAAAUAAUCCUCUUCCAUUCUGGCAUUAAAGCGUAAAAGAAGUUGUCUGCAUUCCAUGAAAAUCAAGAAAUUCUAGAUUAAUCUAGAAAUUUUAAAGCUAUAAAAUGAGAGCAAAGUGGCGAAAAAAGAGAAUGCGUAGGUUAAAACGUAAAAGGAGGAAGAUGCGUGCAAGGUCUAAAUAAAUUUUAUACAUAACCUCCUUGUAAGAGUAACAUCAACCAAAUUGGCAUGAAAAAAUUGUACUAAUUGAAGUAUCAAUACAAAUAAUUUUUGUUAUUCAAAAAUUCAUUUGUGUACAUUUCUUGUGUACAAUUUAAUAAAAUAACCGUUUUAAUAAUUAAAAUCUUUUUUUUUUAACCUUAUUUUUCAAAUAAGUUAAUAAUGAUUAAAUAUAAAAGCUAUAACGUACAUGUAGUUGAAGUUGAAAUAACCUAUGUCCAGUAACCUAAUUUUAUUCAUACAAACUAACAUGCGGACUCUAUUGUCAAAUUUUUUACGAACAAAAAAAUUAUUUUAUGAAUAUUCCAAAUUUUGUGUAAAUGAUAUAAUGUAUUCUCAAGUAAGACAAAUAACAAAAUUUUCAAAUAAUAAUCAAAAACAAUUUAAUAGUGAUAAAGAUAUAGAAAGUGAUUCACAUAACCUAAUCGGCUCAAUCAGUACUACUCAUAAAAUUUUUGAAGAUAAAAAUGCAGAAAUUAUUUUUGAUGUUAGUGAAAAACAAGAAAAAGUUAAUUUAGAAGAUUUAAUAAUUGAAGAACAUCAUGAUCCUUAUGAAGGAAUAAAUUUAGAACGUGGAAAAAAUGGUGUUUUUGAAAUAGAAGAUCUUGUAUUAUUAUUACAAAAAGAUAAUGUUAAAAAUAUUUUUGUUGCUUCAAUGGCCUCUGAAUUAUCAUAUGCUGAUUACAUAGUUAUAGUCACAGGUAGAUCAAAUAAGCAUAUGAAAGCACUUGCUUCUUUUGUUCGAAAAGUAUAUAAAUUAAAAAAACAUAAAACAGAUAUAUUGGUAAAAAUUGAAGGGAAAAAUUCAAAAGAUUGGAUAGCUUUAGAUCUAGGAAAUAUUAUAUUACAUAUUUUUUCACAUUCUGCUAGAUUAGAAUAUGAUUUAGAAACAUUAUGGUCAGUUGGACCUGAUUAUGAUGAUAAAAGUAAAAAUACUACUGAAGAUAUUAUGGAACAAUAUAAUGAAUUUUUAUCUGAUUUAGAACCAAUUGAAAAUAAUAAUGAGAAUGAAAAAUGUGAAAUAUAAAAAAUGAUAAUUACAAUACUUAUAUAAAUGAUAUAUAUUAUAUUAUUUUUAAAUAUUAUCAUUAAUUUAUCAUUAAAUAUUAUUUGUAUUAUUUGUUUAAAUCAUUUUUUAUUAAAUUCCACAUAAAAAUAUAAAAUUUUAAAACAC